UGCUUGAACAAGCCGCUGAGGUGCGGUGCACCUCUUCCUCUCCCUACUUAGCCAAAAAUCGCUCGCAAAACCAGUGUGAAGGUUCGAUGCCGCUACCCUUCUCCUUCUGCUUCUCCUUCUGCUUCGCCGCUGUGUGAAAUCGACGGCGAAUCGAGGUUAUAGGGUUGAUGGAGAGUUUCUUGUUGUUGCUGCUGUUUUCUGUGAUUCCUUUUUUUCUAGAACAAGAAGCUGGUGCUGUUAUUAUCAUCGUUCCAGCGAGUAUCAAUUGUCCUCUUUUCCACGAGGUGCACUGUAGACGCCGGAAGAAAACGGAGAAAGCACCACCUUCCUACAGAAUGUUAGCCAGGGCUUGCUCCCUUCACGGCAAAGUUUCCCACUUCGCCCCUAUCUCUAGAAUGGCUUCCUUUCGAAAUUGUAGAGUGGCUUGCAAGGAGUCUACAAGUGUCAAGUGGAGUGAUAAAUUUCAGCCCGCAGCCCAGGUGAUAGAGAACAGCAUCUACAACAUAUUGACCAUUCACAGGUGGGAGUCACUGAAUCACAUGAAUUACAGGAUGGCACCACUUAGAACUGUUCAUGGGAAAAUGGCUCUCAAGUUUGUCAACUGUAUCAUCCAGCAGAAGGCCUGUGAUGAAAUUACUCAAAUCCUCUGUGUCACAGCCCAUAUUUUACUCCGGGCUCGGAUGUAUAACCCAGCCAAAUCUAUUUUAAGGCAUCUCUCUCAGCUGGAUAUCUCAUGUUCUUCCCUUUUUCGCUCUCUAAUGGUUAGUUAUCGUUACUGCAACUCAAACCCAUCUGUCUUUGACCUUCUAAUAAAGGUUUAUAUUCAACAAGGCAUGCUUAAUAAUGCUAUAAAGACAUUUAGGUUGAUGGGUUUUCAAGGUUUUGCAGCUUCAGCUUUUUCCUGCAAUGCUAUAAUUUCUGCUAUUGCUAGAAUAAAGCUAGCAGGAUCUGUCUGGGCAUUCUUCAAGGCGAUCCUUGCCAAAAGGAUGUGCUUUAACGUGCACACUUUUAAUAUUGUGCUUUAUUCUCUAUGCUCUGCAGGGAAGCUUAGAAAAGCUUGCCAUCUUUUGAGAAGGAUGGAAGAUAUUGGCUGUACACCAACUACUGUUUCUUAUAACACACUUCUGAAUUGGUAUUGCAAGAAGGGAUGGUAUAGAGCUGCUAUUAAGCUGAUGAAUUAUAUGGACAUAAAGGGCAUUGAAGCAGAUGUUUACACUUAUAAUGUAAUCAUCAAUAAUUUAUGCAAGAGAAAUAAGAGUGCCAGAGCUUAUUUAUUGUUAAAAUGGAUGAAGGAGAGGGAAAUAUGUCCUACAGAAUGUACCUAUAAUACUCUAAUCAAUGGUUUCUGCAAAGAAGGGAAGAUGCAGGCAGCUAUAAGGAUUAUGAAUGACAUGAUGGAUGCAAAGCUUUCUCCAAGCUCUAUUACGUACAAUACUAUAAUUGAUGGUUAUUUUCGAAAUGGUAUGACUGAUGAAGCGAGAAAGGUUUUUGGUGAAAUGGAAAGUAGGGGGAUGAAACCCAAUGAAAUCACUUUUGGUAUUUUACUAAAUGGAUACUGCAAGGCUUCAAAGCUGGAAUCUGCAAUGAAUCUUCUCGAAAAGAUUAGAUCCAGAGGCUUUGUUCCUAACCUUAUUAUGUAUACUACUUUGUUAGAUGGAUUUUGUAGACUAGGACAAAUUUUUAAAGCUCGACAUAUUCUUCUUAAUAUGGCUAAAGCAAAGGUCAAUCCUGAUGUUGUUACAUAUUCUACUUUUGUUAAUGGUUUAUGUAAAGUUGGUAAUCUAUGCAAAAUAAAGGAGGUUUUAUCCAAGAUGUUCAAAAGCAGUGUUAUGCCAAAUAACAUUUUAUAUGCAACACUAAUCUGCAAUUUCUGUAAGCUUGGGUAUGUCAUUGAAGCUCUGAAGUUCUAUUCUUACAUGCAUCGAUUUGGUCAAAUCAUUGACCCGAUUACAUGUAAUACAUUGGUUUCUGCACUUUGCAAAAAGGGAAAAUACAAAGAAGCUGAUUAUUUCAUGGAACAUAUGAUUAGGAUGAAUUUAGCUCCUAGUUUAAAAACCUUUAAUUGCAUUAUCAGCAGUUAUGCAGAUAGAGGUGAUUUACUCGGGACAUUUUCCAUGUAUGACAGAAUGGUUCAACGAGGUAUCCGUCCAAAUAAUUUCACCUACCAAUGUUUGCUCAGAGGAAUGUGUAAUAAUGACAAUUUGGAUGAAGGGAAAAGGCUUUUGUCAAACCUUAGAGCAAUUCCUUUUGCUGUUGAUAUUACUGUAUUUAAUACAUUACUCCAAGGAAUUUGCAGUUCAGGAAUAUUGGAAGAGGCUUUACAGUUAUGUGAUGAUAUGGUAAAAAAUAACAUAACUCCUGAUGUUUACACCUACACCAUUCUUAUAAAUGGCUUUUGUAAAAAGGGUGAUAUUGUUCCUGCAAUUAUUUUAUUUCAGAAGAUGGCUAAGAAGGCAUUGUUUCCAAAUCAUGUUACCUACACUUGUUUAAUUCAGGGCUUGAUAAAGGAAGGCCAAUUGAAGGCUGCUUGUUUCAUUUUUGGAGAACUCAUGAAGAAAGGUACCCAGUGCCCUGAUGCUAUUGUUUUCAAUGUUUUAAUGGAUGGGUAUUCUAGAAUUGGGAGACUAAAAAAGGUGGAGAAGAUAUUCUCAUAUAUGGAAAAGAAAGGUUUUACUCCAACUCUGGCAUCCUACAACAUACUCUUACAUGGAUAUAUAAAAAAACAGUUGGUUUCAAAAGCAUUAAGACUGUACAAAGCAAUGCUACACAGAGGCAUCAUUCCUGAUAAACUAACUUAUCAUUCACUAAUUCUUGGGUUUUGCAAGUCUGGUCUGAUAUUUUUGGGGGUAAAAUUUCUAGAAAAAAUGGCAUUUGAGGGUGUUUUUCCUGAUUACUUGACUUUUAGUAUGCUAAUUAUCAAAUACAGCGAGGAAAGUAAAAUGGAUGUUGUUUUCAAACUAGUUAAUUGCAUGGAAAAUUUGAAACUGUCCCCCAACUGUCAUGCUUAUGAUGCCAUUAUUAGUGGCUUGAAUAGAAAAGGUUGGUUUCAACAAUCCUAUGCCAUUUUGCAUAAAAUGAUGGAGGAAGGAUUGCGCCCCAAGCACACCCAUUUUAUUACACUAAUCAAUGGAAAAUGUAGGAUUGGUGAUAUACGGGGUGCAUUUCGGCUGAGAGAUGAAAUGGAGACAUUAGGUCUCGUGCCUCGUGAAGUCGCCGCCAGUGCUAUCGUUAGGGGUCUUUGUAAGUGUGGAAUGCUUGAAGAAGCAAUAUUCGUUUUUUCGGACUUAUUCCGAACAGGUCUUGUGCCCACAACUGCUACAUUUACGACUCUAAUGCACGCGCUUUGCAAAGAAGCCAUGAUGGAUGAUGCAUUACAUUUGAAGGAUGUGAUGGAACAGUGUGGCUUGACUCUAGAUGUGGUUACAUAUAAUGUUUUGAUUACAGGAUUGUGCGUCCGUGGUCUUUUCGAUGGUGCUUUAAAAUUGUACGAGGAGAUGAAGCAGAAGGGCCUCUGGCCUAAUGUUACUACUUACACUGUACUUAUUGAUGCUGUUAAAAGGGUAAAGGACCUUAUUGAGGGAGAAAAAAUUCUAAAAGAUAUUCAAGAUAGGGGCUUGAUAGCUGAUAAAAAAAGAAUAGCUAGUCUUGAUGAUGAAUUGAGAAGUGCCAAGAGAAGGUUGAAUAUGUUAAGGCAUUGCUGGAAGGAUGAUAUAAGAUAAUAAGCUGGGGAGUUGGCCAUGGCUUUUUAGAGAAACAAACUAAUGGCAUAGUUAUUAGAGAAAAUAAUAUAGUUAAGGGAGAGUAACUUUGGCACUUUUAUUCAGAUACCAUCAAUUUUAUCCCAUCUGGUCAUUUUUUCUGCUAUUAUUUAUUCUCAACUGGACAAGGAGAAAAGAUAGCUCAAUACAGGGAGUUAGAGGGGCAAAAUUACAAAGUAAGCUUAUUUUGCUCUACUUUUUUUAGUAUAACAUGUGGCAUCUAAUUUCUCAACUUGUUCUUUUUUAAUAUUUAUUCAGGGAUUUUAUUUUAGUCUAAUUAUGCUAUUCGGAUUUGAAUG